GCAAAAUUUUGACGCGGAAUUUAACGAAAAAGAACGCCGUGAAUUGGGCAAACCGCAACGCUUUAAAAUGUACGUAAAGAAGCUCGUGCUAGAUGGCUUCAAAUCCUACGGCCGGCGCACGGAAAUCGAGGGAUUCGAUCCCGAGUUCACGGCCAUCACGGGCCUAAACGGUUCCGGCAAGUCCAACAUCCUGGACAGCAUCUGCUUCGUGCUGGGCAUCAGUAAUCUGCAGAAUGUACGCGCUUCGGCUCUGCAGGAUUUGGUGUACAAGAACGGACAGGCGGGUAUCACCAAGGCCACUGUUACCAUUGUGUUCGACAACACAAAUGCCGCCCAGUGCCCGCAGGGCUAUGAAAAGUGCCGGGAGAUCUCGGUGGCCCGUCAGGUGGUUGUGGGCGGCAAGAACAAGUUCCUCAUCAACGGCAAGCUGGUGCAGAACAAGAAGGUGCAGGACUUCUUCUGCUCCAUCCAGCUGAACGUGAACAAUCCCAACUUCCUGAUCAUGCAGGGCAAGAUUCAGCAGGUGCUGAACAUGAAGCCCAAGGAGGUUCUUUCCAUGGUGGAGGAGGCGGCUGGGACCAGUCAGUACAAGACCAAGCGAGAUGCCACCAAAACCCUGAUCGAGAAGAAGGAGACCAAAGUGCGCGAGACCAAGGUCCUGCUCGACGAGGAGGUGCUGCCCAAGCUGGUCAAGCUGCGCCAGGAGCGCUCCGCCUACCAGGAGUACCAGAAGAUCUGUCGCGACAUCGAUUUCCUUAUCCGGAUUCACAUUUCCGCCAAGUAUCUCAAGCAAUGCGAAACACUCAAGACUGUGGAGGGCAACGAGAAGAAAAUCGAGGAUCGCAUUGCAAACUGUAAGGCCACGCAUGCCAAAAACCUCGAGGAUGUGGAGAGCAUUGAAGCCGCCGUGAAGGAGAUGCAGCAGCAGAUCGAUGCCGAGAUGGGUGGCUCCAUAAAGAGUCUGGAAACACAGCUGAGUGCGAAGCGGGCACUGGAGGCCACUGCUUCGGGCAGCUUGAAGGCGGCCCAGGGAACCAUUCAGCAAGAUGAGAAAAAGAUUCGCAUGGCCUCUAAGAAUAUAGACGAUGAUGUACGGGCCUUGAACAAAAAGGAAGCGGACAUGGCCAAGGUGCAGGAUGAGUUCGAAAGCCUCAAGGAGGCCGAUGCCACGGACUCCAAGGCUUACGAGGAUGCCCAAAAGAAACUGGAGGCUGUCACGCAGGGAUUGUCCACCAAUGAAGACGGACAGGCCUCCACACUGCAGGAACAAUUGAUGGUGGCCAAGGAGCAGUUCAGCGAGGCACAGACCACCAUUAAGACCUCGGAGUUGGAGCUGCGCCACAUGCGUGGCGUCCUAAAACAGCGCGAGGGUGAGACGCAGACCAACGAUGCCGCCUACGUAAAGGAUAAAAGCCUACAUGAUCAGUUGGUGGUGGAGAUAAAAAACCUAGAACGGCAGCUGCAGGGUCUCAACUACGAGGGCGGCCAGUUCGAGCAGCUGAAGCAGCGACGAAACGAUCUGCACAUGCGCAAACGCGAGCUCAAACGAGAGUUGGAUCGCUGCAAUGCCUCGCGCUUCGAUCUGCAGUACCAGGAUCCGGAGCCCAACUUUGAUCGGCGCAAGGUGCGCGGCAUGGUGGGCAAGCUGUUCCAGGUGAACGACAUGCAAAACUCCAUGGCUCUGGUGAUGACAGCGGGAGGCGGUCUCUACAGCUAUGUGACGGACGACGAUGUGGUCAGCAAGAAAAUCCUGCAGAAGGGUAAUCUCCAGCGCCGUGUCACACUGAUUCCCAUCAACAGGAUUCAGUCCGGCUCGAUAAGUAGAAACGUAGUCGAAUACGCUCAGAACAAAGUGGGUGCCGAGAAUGUUCAGUGGGCCAUGUCGCUGAUUAGCUACGAUCGCUACCUAGAGCCAGUCAUGAAGUAUUGCUUCGGCAGCACACUUAUUUGCAAGGACCUUGAAGUGGCCAAACAACUCAGCUACGAUCCACGUAUUAAUUGUCGUUCUGUGACUUUGGAAGGCGACGUUGUUGAUCCCAAUGGCACCAUGUCCGGCGGUGCUGCUCCCAAGGGUGCCAACGUCCUCGAAGAAUUGUAUGCCAUCAAAAAACUAGAAAGGGAGUACAGGGAGAUCGACGCUGAGAUCUCACAAGUGGAACAGCAAAUGGCAUCCAUUGAAAACCUGGCCCAUUCGUUCAACAAAAUGAAGGAGAACCUUGAGCUGCGCCAGCACGAGCUAACCAUGUGCGAGAACAGGUUGGCCCAAACGACCUUUCAACAGAAUCAGGCGGAAAUAGAAGAGAUGAAGGAGAGGGUCAAGUCGUUGGAGCAGCAAAUAGUGGACUCGCGGGAGAAGCAGAAGACCUCGCAGGCUAAGAUCAAGGAUAUCGAAGCCAAGUUGGCCGACGCCAAGGGAUAUCGCGAGCGGGAGUUAAAAGCUGCGACCAACGAGGUGAAGGUGACCAAGCAGCGGGCGGAGAAAUCGCGAGCCAACUGGAAGAAGCGAGAGCAGGAGUUCGAAACUCUGCAGCUGGAGAUCACUGAGUUGCGGAAAACUAUAGAAACAGCCAAGCAACAGCACCAGGAAAUGAUUGACAAUCUCGAAAAGUUCAAGGCCGAACUAGAUGCCCUGAAGGCAAACAGCUCCAGUGCAGCUUCCGAGGUUUCGGAGCUGGAAGAGGCCAUUAAGACGCAGAAGGACAAGUUGAAUGCUCAGAACAAGGAGAUGCGAAAUCAGCUGGUCAAGAAGGACAAAAUGCUUAAACAAAAUCAGGAGAUUGAGCUGGAGGUGAAGAAGAAGGAGAACGAGCAAAAGAAGAUCAGUUCGGAGGCCAACGAGGCGAAGAAACGGAUGGAAGCGCUCGAGACGAAGUAUCCCUGGAUUCCGGAGGAGAAGAACUGCUUUGGCAUGAAGAACACCCGCUACGAUUACAGCAAGGAGGAUCCCCACGAGGCGGGCAACAAGCUGGCGAAGAUGCAGGAGAAGAAGGACAAAAUGGAGCGCACCCUGAAUAUGAACGCGAUCAUGGUGCUGGAUCGCGAGGAGGAGAACUUCAAGGAGACCGAGCGGCGCCGAAACAUUGUGGCGCUGGACAAGGAGAAGAUUAAGAAGAUCAUCGUGAAAAUGGACGAGGAGGAGCAGGAUCAGCUGAACCGAGCUGCUACCGAGGUUAAUGCAAACUUUAGUGGCAUCUUUAGCUCACUUCUACCAGGUGCCGAUGCAAAACUCAAUCCCGUUCAUACGAAUGGCUGCCUGACGGGCUUGGAGAUCAAAGUGGGCUUCAAUGGCAAAUGGAAGGAGAGCCUGGGUGAGCUGUCGGGUGGUCAGAAGUCACUGGUGGCUCUGUCCCUUGUCCUGGCCAUGUUGAAGUUCUCCCCGGCUCCCUUGUACAUUCUUGACGAGGUGGACGCCGCUCUGGACAUGUCGCACACCCAGAAUAUUGGCAGCAUGCUGAAGCAGCACUUUACCAACUCACAGUUCUUGAUUGUGUCCCUCAAGGAUGGUCUUUUUAACCACGCCAACGUCCUGUUCCGCACUCUCUUCGAGGAGGGCGUGUCCACCAUCACCAGGCAGGUUAGCCGACAGGCGACCACCAACAAACGCUGAAUUUUUACUUGGUUAAUUUGUUGUUUAUAAGAUCUUAAACUUAGUUUGUUUACUUACAGUCUCGAAAAUAUUUUUUGGCAU